AUGUCAGAGGACGUUGAUUUCGUUGUAGCACUGAUGCUGGGUGCUGUCCUAGCAGCUGCAGGGCUUCCUUCGGAGAACAUUGUGUACCCGAGAAUCAUUCAAUCGAGAGAUCAGAAUGGCGAAAAGACGCUCUACAUCCGACCCGGACUCGUGCUGAGCCUCGAAAAAAGCCGAGUGUUUUCGGACAAUUUUGUUUUUUCAAUAGACGACGGUGUAAAUCGACAAGACAAACUCAUGAAUGGCAAGGAACUAGAAAAGAAUUUGUAUCAAGACCGAGACCACAGCUCCGUUGUCUCUGUUGAGGAAGAAGAGGGAGCUGUGCAAGUGAGAGGAACCCUCAGCCACAAAUUCUCAAUCGAGCCAAUUGCGUCUGGUCGCCGGUCAGAAGAUGAUCUCAUUGCUCACAGAUUAUUAGAUCUUGAGGACAUCGAUAAUCCACUCGGCGACGACUCUGUGACAAAGAGGCGAUUAGUGAACCUGAUGUACAAACAACUGACCAAGCCUAGAAUACAGUUCAUCGUCCUGAGCAUUACGAAACUCACGAACUACACGUUCAGUUAUCUCAGGACCCAUCCUAAAACUAAUCGAACGUUUAUCGAUCUUUGCAAAACUAUCGGAACCAUGAACAGAUACUCGAACAGAAUGUUCAAUAGGACAACGCAGGAUGCUAUCGUCUAUGUCUCGGGGCUCUCGGGCGCAGGUAUUUCUGGAUGCUCAUUUGGUUGCCGCGUGUGCAAGAAGAACCCCAUCACCACACAAUCGAUGAGGGUAAUAGACCAACCUAGACUAUCGGACGCCCAAGUCCUAGCUCACAAAAUGGGACACCUGCUCGGAAUGAAUCACGAAGGAGAGUGUCCUAGGACUUACACACCGGGAAAUGAAAAGCUCCGUUGCAAAAAGCAGGAAUUCGGAUACGUGUUGGGUUCCGGCAAACCACCGCACUAUUUCUCGCGUUGCCUUCAAGACCAAGUGAGAGGCUGUCUGAUGUAA